AUGGACUCGCCCGUUGUGGCCCAGCUGUUCCGCCAGCUGUUCCGCCACCGGCCGCGCGGAUGCCAGGGCCAUCGAGUGCUGCGCAACGGGCUCGGCGUCCACCAUCAUGACCAGCAGCAGCAGCAGCAGCAGCACGGCCUCGUCCACCGCGCGCCGCGACACCACCGGCCCUACGCGACCCGAGCCUCGCGAGACCGCGGCAUGCAGACAAACGAGAGCCGCUGGCAGCAGCGCACGCACAUCCUGCCCGAGGACCGGCGCGACGAGUUUGCGCAGUACCCCUACGUGUCGGCGCAGGACCUCAAGAAGCGCACGGAGCGGCCGCGCAGGGUCAAGAUGCUGCUGCGGGACUUUAUCGACGACAGCCUCUACAACCCGGCGUACGGCUACUUCUCCAGGCAGGCCGUCAUCUUCAGCCCCGGCGAGCCGUUUGCCUUCCACGCGCUGCGCGACGAGCUCGAGUUCCAGGCGGAGCUGGGCCGGCGCUACACCGAGUUCGAGGACGCGCUCGACGACGCAGAGGGCGACAACCCGACGCGGCAGCUUUGGCACACGCCCACGGAGCUCUUCCGCCCCUUUUACGGCGAGGCCGUGGCGCGCUACCUCGUGGCCAACUACCGCCUCACCACGUACCCCUACGACGACCUGCUCAUCUUUGAAAUGGGCGCCGGCCGCGGCACCCUCAUGCUCAACGUCCUCGACUACAUCCGCCACGUCGACCCGCAGGUGUACGCGCGCACGCGCUACAACGUCAUCGAGAUCUCGCCCUCGCUCGCCGACAUGCAGGCCCGCCACCUGCGCGCCUCGGCCGAGGCGCGCGGCCACGCCGCCCGCGUCGACAUUGUCAACCGCUCCAUCUUCGACUGGGACCGCCGCGUGCCCUCGCCCUGCUUCUUCCUCGCCAUGGAGGUCUUUGACAACUUUGCCCACGACGGCAUCCGCUACGACGUCGCCUCGGGCGAGCCCCUGCAGGGCCACGUCCUCGUCGACGGCGACGGCGACUUUUACGAGUUUUACGCCCACGACCUCGACCCCGUCGCCGCCCGCUUCUUCCGCGUCCGCCACGCCGCCACCGCCGGCGACUACCCCACGCCCUACCCGGACAACCCCGUCCUGCGCUACCUCUCCGCCCGCCUGCCCUUUGCCGCCAACCUGUCGGCCCCUGAGUUCAUCCCCACCCGCCUCAUGCAGUUCUUCGACGUCCUCGAGCGCUACUUUCCCGCCCACCGCCUCCUGACCUCCGACUUUCACGCCCUGCCCCAGGCCGUCAAGGGCCUCAACGCCCCCGUCGUCCAGACCCGCUACCAGCGCACCACGGUGCCCGUCACGACUCCAUUGGUCCACCAGGGCUACUUCGACAUCCUCUUCCCCACCGAUUUCCGCAUCACCGAGGCCAUCUACCGCGCCGUCACGGGAAAGCUCACGCGCGUCAUGUCCCACGGCGACUUUAUGCGCCGCUGGGCCUACGUCGAGGACACGGAGACGCGCAGCGGCGAGAACCCCCUGCUCACCCACUACAAGAACGCCAGCGUCAUGGUCACCGUCUAG